AUGUCCGACUCAGCGAUCGCUCCUCGGGCAGGCCGGGCGCGUACUGCUUGUGAUUUGUGCAGGUCUCGGAGGAUCCGCUGUGACCGAGUCAAACCUGCAUGUGAGACAUGCCAUUUUGCCGGUGUGCCUUGCAUCUUUACACCGCCACCGGACGUGCCGCGCAAGACAGUCCGAGAACAACUAGCCGAGUGCAAAGUCCAAGUGCAGGAGUUGGAAGAAGCACUGCGAGUGGAGCGAGCCAAAAACCAUACCAAGAAGAAUGCCCCCAGCCCAUUUGUUCUUCAAGGGGGAUUGGCGGAUUUGCACGGCUUCGACGCGGCUCUAACCGCUUUCCUGCGGACUCUCGACUUCUGUGGCUUCGGCCCUAAGUCGACCCCAUUUCUCUUCCCCACCGACCAGCAUCGCAUGCCCUCUCUCGUCGACCUGGAUCGCUUUGCUCAGGAUGUGGCCUCUUCAUUUAAGUCGGAGUUCCCCCACCAUACCUCCAGGACCAUUCAUCCGCAGCAACCCCCACCCGCGUUGAUCUGCACCGUCAUCGACUACUUCCUAACCAACAGCCUCUACUCGGUUUUUCCCGUGAUCGACUCGGUUACCUUGGUGUCACUCCGGAACUCCGAUCUCUCUCCCUCCUCACCAGAUCUAGCUCAUCUUCCUAAAAGUGUCCAAGCCUGUUUGGUGGCCUUGACAGCCCUGGUCACUCACUUGCGGGAUGAUGAGCCCGCUUUCGGUGAAGUCGACUCCGAAGCCUUCCUGCAAUCCGUGCUCGCGCAGUUGCCGGAGCUGGUCAUGUCAGGGGAUAAUGACCUCUGGACUCUACAAGCCCUGAUCCUGGUGGUACUGUACCUGGCCCCCCUCGGUGCACCUCAGUCCGCUGAAUUGAUCCUGGCCAUGGCAAUCCGGCUCCUCACCAAUCUCGGUGGCAAUUUCGCCCCUAUGCCCUCUGGUUCUCGCGUUGAUGCCCAUCACGGUCGGCAUCUUCGGGCUCUCUUCUGGCUCUGCUAUUCCGUGGACAGGGAAAUGUCGAUCCGAAAUUCACAUUCACCCUUACUGCAUGAUACCGACUGUGACCUCGACCUGCCAGAGAAAUACGUCAUGGCUUCGUCCGAGAACCAGUUCUGCCUGGGCCCCUUGUCGAAGGACGAGUUACUCUAUCCGUCCGACCUUCGCAUGUGCGUCAUCAAGUCCAAGAUCUACCGGCUGCUGUAUUCAGACUACGGCCUGGCGCAGCCCGCUUCCAUCCGCGUGCAGUAUGUCCGCGAGCUGGACGAGGAGCUCAGUAAUUUGAGAGCGCAAUUUCCCGCCGACUGCCGCCCGGAGAACCUGUCCCCGGGGGGUAUCCCGGACUCUUUGGUUCUCGACCUCAGUCUGCGGGGAAUCAACAUGCAUCUGGAAUACUACUAUUGUCUCGCCAAGAUCCAUGGCGCGUGUCGCAUCGCUGGCGGAGAAUUCCCCUCGCUGGACGACCUGUCGCCCCUGUCUUCAAGUCGGGAGCUGUGUUAUCAGGCUGCGCGAUCGAUCUUGCUCUACAUUCAUCGUUUACACCAUCUCGUUAUCCCCCAAACUUUCUGGAUCUAUGCGCAGUUCAUCCUCUCUGCGGUCGUCUCUCUGGGUUGGAAGCUCGUCGCCGAACCCAACCACCCGUCCGCCGCCAGCGACCUCCAUCUCAUCCAGCACACGAGGGGCGUGUUUACUAAGCUGAAGGAAACGACAGAUCCCAGCGAGUUUCCGCCUUUUUACAUAAUGGACAACUUCAUCCAACGGUUAAUCGCCGCUGUAGCUCAUUGA